AAAAGCAGAGCUUUCCCUCCCUGACAGCUUCAUCCUGAGCUAUGCUUUUGCUUUCGUAAUAAAUGGUCCUGGCCCAGCAUAUACACUGCACAGCAGCAGGAAAAUAUCCUGCAAGUGUAGUCGUAAAGAGAAAAGUUCAAGGAAGAGUGAAGCCAGCUCUGAUUCGGUUAUUUACCAUCAAUCAGGCUGUUGCUUGGCAGGGAGUGGAUGAUUAGGAGCUUGAAUGAGCUGAAAAGGGGCAGGAAGAGAAGUGGAGGCAGCAUUCUUCCUAUUUAAAGCUGCAUCCCCUGAAAGGAGUGUUUGCAGACUGCGCUGGAGCUGGUGCUGAAAAAAAAAGGGCUCGCAGACUUUGUGCUGGAACUGAUGCUGAAAGGCAGCGAGACUCCCCAGCUGGCUUCAUGGUGCUAAAAUAACCUUAUGUUUCUGCGCUUUUUGCUGCCCAGGAGGAUACAUGCCUCAUAGCUAGGCGUGAUGGCAAUCUGGGUACAAACGAGAACUUUUUUCAUCCUUGUUGCUUUAUUAGGCCGAUUUGUAACCAUAAAAGCGCAAGAGGAGGAAGAAUAUGACGCUGGAGAAGAUGUUGAAGAAAUAGCCUGCACUCAGAAUGGCCAGAUGUACUUGAACAGGGAUAUUUGGAAGCCCUCACCAUGCCAAAUUUGCGUCUGUGACAAUGGAGCUAUUCUUUGCGAUGAAAUCCAGUGUCAAGACGUGCUGGAGUGUGAGAACCCGCAGGUGCCCCCGGGAGAGUGCUGUCCUGUGUGUCCCCACACAACACGCGACUUUGACACCACCAUCGGUAGAGGAAGAAAGGGACAAAAAGGAGAACCUGGAAUAGUGCCACCUGUUUCAGGAAUACGAGGCCGACCAGGACCAGCUGGACCUCCGGGCUCACAAGGACCACGAGGAGAACGAGGACCAAAGGGAAGACCUGGCCCUCGUGGUCCUCAAGGGAUUGAUGGUGAACCUGGUAUCCCUGGCCAGCCUGGUGACCCUGGUCCUCCAGGGCAUCCUACCCACCCAGGACCAGAUGGACUAAGCAGGCCAUUUUCAGCUCAGAUGGCAGGACUGGAUGAGAAAUCUGGGCUCGGCAGUCAGAUGGGACUGAUGCCUGGUGCAGUGGGUCCAGUGGGUCCAAGAGGUCCUCAAGGUCUCCAAGGAAAACAAGGUGGCGCUGGCCCCACAGGCCCACCUGGUGAACCUGGGGAUCCAGGACCUAUGGGUCCAGUUGGUUCUCGUGGACCAGAGGGACCUCCAGGCAAACCUGGUGAAGAUGGUGAACCCGGUAGACCAGGACAAUCCGGUGAGCCUGGAUUUCCAGGAUCUCCAGGGCCUCGAGGCUUUCCUGGUGCUCCUGGUCUCCCGGGUCUCAAGGGUCACAGGGGAUUGAAAGGACUUGACGGUCCAAAAGGUGAAAUUGGAGCAGCUGGAGCAAAGGGAGAAUCUGGACCAACAGGUGCCAUGGGUGCAACGGGUCCUCUAGGACCUAGAGGAAUGCCAGGAGAAAGAGGUCGAAUUGGACCACAGGGUGCCCCUGGUGGACGUGGCCAGCAUGGUAUGCCUGGGAAGCCAGGGCCAAUGGGCCCACUUGGCAUAACAGGUUCUCCAGGUUUUCCAGGUGCUCCCGGUGUAAAGGGUGAAGCAGGUCCAACAGGUCCUCGUGGUCCUGAAGGUCCUCAAGGACAAAGAGGUGAAACGGGUCCACAGGGCCCAGCUGGAUCACAAGGUCUUCCUGGUACCGAAGGGACGGAUGGUUCCCCAGGUGCGAAGGGCCCUACUGGAUCUCCAGGCACUGAAGGUCCCCUGGGUUUAUCAGGUCCCCCCGGUUCCCCAGGACCACAGGGCAGUACCGGCCCACCUGGUAUUCGAGGCCAGCCGGGAGACCCUGGUGUCCCAGGUUUCAAGGGAGAAGCAGGACCCAAAGGUGAACCUGGCCCACAAGGUCCCCAGGGUCCCAUUGGCCCUAUAGGUGAAGAAGGGAAAAGAGGUCCUCGAGGUGAUCCAGGAUCAGUAGGUCCACCAGGUCCAGUUGGAGAGAGGGGUGCUCCUGGUAACCGUGGUUUUCCAGGUUCGGAUGGCUUGCCUGGACCAAAGGGUGCCCAAGGAGAGCGUGGUCCAGCAGGUUCUUCUGGUCCUAAAGGAGGUCAGGGAGAUCCUGGGCGACCCGGUGAACCUGGCCUCCCAGGUGCUAGGGGUUUGACAGGAAAUCCAGGUGUUCAAGGUCCUGAAGGAAAACUUGGCCCCUUGGGUGCUCCUGGAGAAGACGGACGCCCAGGUCCAGCAGGUUCAAUAGGAAUCAGGGGUCAGCCAGGCAGCAUGGGCCUUCCUGGCCCAAAGGGUAGCAGUGGUGAUCCUGGGAAACCUGGAGAAGCAGGCAAUGCAGGUGUCCCAGGACAGAGAGGAGCCCCUGGUAAAGAUGGUGAAGUUGGUCCUUCUGGUCCCGUUGGCCCACCAGGUCUGGCAGGAGAAAGAGGAGAACAAGGCCCCCCAGGUCCUACAGGGUUUCAGGGCUUGCCUGGGCCACCAGGUCCUCCAGGUGAGGGAGGAAAGCCAGGUGAUCAGGGUGUGCCUGGAGAUCCUGGAGCUGUUGGUCCAUUGGGCCCUAGGGGAGAACGUGGCAAUCCAGGGGAAAGAGGAGAACCAGGUGCAUCAGGACUCCAGGGUGAAAAGGGAAUGGCUGGAGGUCAUGGCCCUGAUGGUCCAAAGGGAAGCCCAGGCCCUAGUGGGACGCCUGGUGAUCCAGGCCCACCGGGUCUUCAGGGUAUGCCUGGAGAAAGAGGGAUCGCUGGAACCCCUGGACCCAAGGGUGAUAGAGGUGGCAUAGGCGAGAAAGGUGCUGAAGGUACAGCUGGCAACGACGGGGCGAGAGGUCUCCCUGGUCCUAUAGGCCCAAUGGGUCCAGCAGGUCCCACUGGUGAAAAGGGUGAACCAGGUCCUCGAGGUCUAGUUGGUCCUCCUGGCUCCCGUGGAAACCCCGGCUCCCGAGGAGAAAAUGGCCCAACUGGUGCUGUUGGUUUUGCUGGUCCUCCGGGCCCUGAUGGUCAGCCAGGUGUGAAAGGUGAACCUGGAGAACCUGGACAGAAAGGAGAUGCUGGAUCUCCAGGACCACAGGGUCUAGCUGGGUCUCCUGGUCCACCAGGUCCUCCAGGUGUUCCUGGUCUGAAAGGUGGUAGAGGAACCCAGGGUCCACCUGGUGCUACUGGAUUCCCAGGUUCUGCUGGAAGAGUUGGGCCUCCAGGACCUACUGGAGCUCCAGGGCCUGCUGGACCUAUUGGUGAGCCAGGAAAAGAAGGUCCUCCAGGUCUUCGUGGUGAUCCUGGUUCUCAUGGCCGUGUGGGAGAUCGAGGGCCAGCUGGGCCUCCUGGUGGUCCUGGAGACAAGGGUGAUGCAGGGGAUGAUGGGCAACCGGGCCCAGAUGGCCCCCCUGGUCCAGCAGGAACUACUGGUCAAAGAGGUAUUGUUGGUAUGCCAGGACAGCGAGGGGAAAGGGGCAUGCCAGGGCUGCCAGGUCCUGCAGGCACACCAGGAAAACAAGGUCCCACAGGGCCACCUGGUGAUAAAGGUCCGCCAGGACCUAUUGGUCAGUCAGGUGCCACUGGUCCUGUGGGUGAAGCUGGUCCAGAAGGACCUGCUGGUAAUGAUGGUACUCCUGGACGAGAUGGAGCUGUUGGAGAACGUGGUGAUCGUGGUGAACCUGGCCCUGCAGGCUUACCAGGUUCCCCAGGGGGUCCAGGAACUCUGGGUCCUGUUGGCCCUCCAGGAGAUGCAGGUCAAAGAGGUGAAACUGGUUCUCGAGGUCCGAUGGGUCCCCCAGGUCGUGUGGGAAAAAGAGGUUUGCCUGGUCCCCAAGGACCUCGUGGUGACAAAGGUGACAAUGGAGAUCGAGGUGAUAGGGGCCAGAAAGGACACAGGGGUUUCACUGGGCUUCAAGGUCUUCCUGGUCCUCCUGGUCCUAUUGGUGAACAGGGCAGUCCUGGCAUUCCAGGCCCAUUUGGUCCUCGGGGUCCUCCAGGUCCAGUUGGUCCUUCUGGCAAAGAUGGAAGUCCCGGUCCACUUGGGCCAAUUGGGCCUCCUGGUGUUAGAGGGAGUGUAGGAGAAGCUGGACCCGAGGGUCCACCAGGUGAUCCUGGCCCUCCUGGCCCUCCAGGACCUCCAGGCCAUCUCACUGCUGCCAUUGGUGACAUUAUGGGACACUACGAUGAUGCUAUGGCAGAUCCACUACCAGAGUUUACUGAAGAUGAAGCAGCCCCAGAUGAUCAUAAUAAAACAGAUCCAGGAGUCCAUGCCACGCUGAAGUCACUGAGCAGCCAGAUUGAGACUAUGCGCAGCCCAGAUGGUUCAAAAAAACACCCAGCACGGACUUGUGAUGACCUGAAGCUGUGCCACCCAUCCAAGAAGAGCGGUGAAUAUUGGAUUGAUCCUAACCAAGGAUGUGUUGAAGAUGCUAUAAAAGUAUACUGCAACAUGGAAACUGGAGAGACCUGUAUUUCUGCAAACCCAUCUACUAUACCACGUAAAACAUGGUGGGCCAGCAGAUUGUCUGACUUAAAGCCCAUUUGGUAUGGCCUUGAUAUGAACAGGGGAUCACAGUUUGUGUAUGGGGAUACAGCUGUCACUCAGAUGACAUUCCUGCGCCUCCUAUCAAAGGAAGCUUCCCAGAAUAUCACUUACCUUUGUAAAAACAGCAUUGGGUACAUGGAUGACCAGACAAAGAACCUGAAAAAAGCUGUAAUUCUGAAAGGGGCCAAUGACCUGGAGAUCAAAGCAGAGGGAAACAGCCGGUUCAGAUACACUGUUCUUCAUGACAGCUGUUCUAAACGUAAUGGGAACGUGGGCAAGACUGUUUUUGAGUACAGAACACAGAACGUGGCACGCUUACCUAUCAUAGAUAUCGCACCGGUGGACAUUGGCAGUACUGACCAGGAAUUUGGAAUUGAAAUUGGGCCAGUUUGCUUUGUGUAAGAGGAAGGGGGGAAAUUAACACACUACCCAGCAACAGCAGCCAAUUAAACACGUGAACUUAGACUGAUUGAAGUUAAUCCUGGGACUCUUGAAGUAAUGGCUGAUAUUAGAUCAGCAUUGUAUAUACGGUUCCUUUUAAAUGCCCGGCCUCCUUUUGAAUAUUUAUUUUACUUACAAACCUUCCGUUUUAAAUGAUUGAAACCAACUUUUUAUUACAACAGUACAAUUUUAAGAGGAUCGAUGACCACCUUUUAAAAGUAACAUGAUUCUUUUUCCUCGCUUUUGUUUCAAAUUAUUUUGAAAUUUACAGGUAUUCAAAAAAGAUAGUUUUAAUGUGGGACUUUGUAAAACUCUAAAGAGUAUUUCUUUUGCUUGGUUGCAUACUGAAUAACGGAAAAGCAGAGCACUUCUUUUGUGACCCGUUGGCUAUAUUGCAGUCAUAAUUACUCCCUCUGCCCCAAUUUGUCUUCCUGUGGUAGCCAGUAUGAUAACCAUUCACAGAAAUCUGUGUCUUUAGUAGAAGAAAAUCUCUUCAAACAAGAUCACCUUAAUUUGGCAUUGCCUUUCCUGCACUUUCCUAUGUAACAGUCUGCUCAGAAGACUAUUUAGGCAUGAUUAAUUUAUGAAGUAAAAACACUACUGGAGUAAAUACGAGUUUUCAGUAGGGGUGUCCCAUAUCUUAAAUUUUAAGGCCAGACUUCACUUCUCACAAUGUAUUUGUGUAAAUCCAUCAAAUUAUCCUUAAUCUUCAAAACUCAUCUUAAACCCAAUACUUGUUGAUUUUCCAGUACUUGCCCAUCUAAGAAGCCAUUACAUAUCAAAUGAUACAGAUGUCUUAUAUAUGGUGCCAAUUUAUGUAUGUUGCAAGUCAUUGACAUGUAUACCAGACCAAUUGCUAAUAAAGAGAAAGAACGUUUAGAAAUUCAUCGGUUUUAGCUGACAUCCAGACAUGCAUCACCAGUAAUUUGACUUACUGGCCUUGAGUUGUCAAGGCAAGAAAGUUCCAUCGUUUCUUAGCAUGAGCUACCUCAUCUCUGGAAGUUGGGAUGCAUUAAAUAUUCCUGAUUUUAUUUUAGAUAUUAAAAGGUGCUAUGCUUCUGUUGUUAUUUUGAGCGAGGAGAUAGGCAGGGCAAAAACGACAAAAUAGUGAUGGUGCUAAGUGACUCUAGAAGGCUGAUGAAAUAAAGAUGCCUACUGUCAGUGUCAUUUUCAGUGCUUAGCUGUUAGGCUUAUGGUGUUUGACAGAGCAAUGUUACAGUGCAUUUAUUUGUUGGUCAUACAGUAUAUAGAAUGUUUUGUACCACUAACAUGCUUUAUUUUGUAAAGUAUGUGGGUACAAACUUACUUAGUUUUUUUGUUUCAUUAUUGCAUCUGUGCUCUCCACGUUUUCUGUUUGUUCCUUACAAAAAAAUAAAAAAUAAACAGCUGGAGCCAUCCCUAAAGAAAGUCAUGCUCAUAGCUUUAUUCAUGUAUCUUUGCAAAGCAUUUAAUUAAAUACGUGCUUCUCGCUGUAAGUGGUUUCCUUUUUGUAGAAUUCCUUCCAGUGUCCCCCAUACCAGUUCAUUUCCAGGAAAUUAAAAAUAGAAAUAUUUAACUUUUGUUUUGUUGCUAUUUGAAUAACUCAUUUGCAAUGCAUUCUCCUGAAGUAUUUUACACAAUGGAAUAUAAGGGUAGUUUGAACAAUG